CAAUGGGAGUGUCGGGUGACGCCGGACUCGGAGCUUCGCUCACCGAAACGGUAGGCUUAAAGAGACAACAGCGAAGCCGGGCUGGUCUUUAGUGGGAAAUUAAAUCACUUUUCAGAGCAUAAAUAAAGGACCAUGUCGCGGCGUACUACAUAGGGAUUUCACACGCAGUUUCUUUCAGGUAUCCAGAGAAAGACGGACUAUACUGCUCAAACCUGUUAAUGCUGAUUCUGUCUGAGUCUGCUUGCAGCAGUGUUAGAACAUGAAGAAUGUUCAGAGUAAUAUUCAAGACUGACUUCAACAAAACCAUGAGGAGCACAAGGGGACGUUCACUCUUUUGGUUCCACUAGCAGGAUUGUAUAUGUCAGUGUUGAGGAGCAUUUGUGGGUGGAUGUGUGAGUGCGUGUGUGUGCGUGUGUAUGUGUGCGUAUGCUAGCACAAUCUGCCUGCUUCAGGCAGUGACAUGCUACUCUGAGGGCCACCGUACUGUAAAGGAGUCCCAUUCACCAAAGGAUUAAUGCAAGGACUGCGCUUUCGGUGAUACCCACCAAAAAUCACCCGUAUAUAGACAGUUUUAAACCCCCUUCCCCACACAUUUCCUGGGGGGUUGUUUUGAAACUUCUCUGUUUUGCAUGGCAGGGGAGUAACCGUGGAGAGGCCAGGGUAUCACAAGCUUAUGGAUUUUGAGAAAAGAGGUUGGAAGGAAGAAACAGAGGAAGGGAAAAAAAUGUCAAAAACAGCAAGUAGUAGGACUGGACAUGGGGGCCGGGGAACGGGGUCCGGCUCUGGGGUCCUUAUGGUUGGCCCCAACUUCCGAGUUGGGAAGAAGAUCGGCUGUGGAAACUUCGGUGAACUGCGGCUAGGCAAGAACCUCUACACAAAUGAAUAUGUGGCCAUCAAACUGGAGCCAAUCAAAUCCAGGGCACCUCAACUCCAUUUGGAGUACAGAUUUUAUAAACAGCUGGGAAGUUCAGAGGGAGUUCCUCAGGUCUUCUACUUCGGCCCUUGCGGGAAGUACAAUGCUAUGGUUCUGGAACUGCUUGGGCCCAGUCUGGAGGACCUGUUUGACCUCUGCGACCGCACUUUCUCCCUCAAGACCGUCCUAAUGAUAGCUAUUCAACUGAUAACACGGAUGGAGUACGUUCAUACGCGGAGCUUGAUAUAUCGAGAUGUCAAGCCAGAGAAUUUUUUGGUGGGGCGGCCGGGGUCUAAGAGGCAGCACACCAUUCAUAUCAUUGACUUCGGGCUUGCCAAAGAAUACAUAGACCCCGAGACCAAAAAACACAUCCCAUACCGAGAGCAUAAGAGCCUGACUGGCACUGCCCGGUAUAUGAGUAUCAACACACAUUUGGGAAAAGAACAAAGCAGAAGGGACGACCUAGAAGCACUGGGCCAUAUGUUCAUGUACUUCCUGAGAGGCAGUUUGCCCUGGCAGGGCUUGAAGGCGGACACGCUAAAAGAACGUUACCAGAAAAUUGGCGACACCAAGCGAGCUACUCCGAUCGAAGUGCUAUGUGAAAGUUUCCCAGAGGAAAUGGCCACCUAUUUGAGAUAUGUGAGGCGACUGGACUUCUUUGAGAAACCAGAUUACGACUACCUGAGAAAGCUCUUCACAGACCUCUUCGACAAGAACGGCUACGUCUUUGAUUACGAGUACGACUGGGUCGGCAAGCCUCUCCCUACACCUAUAGGCCCCAUCCCCACAGACACACCCCAGCCGAGCAGCAGAGACAAAGCACAAGCGCAGACCAAAAACCAGUCGCCCGAGCCCAAAGGAAGUGAGUCCCAGCCCACUCCAGUGACCAAUAAGGAUACUCUGGGGUCGCGUCUCACGGCCGAGAGGCUGGGGGGCUCAGUGCAGGUCAUGAGCUCCACAAAUGGAGAGCUGAACACAGACGACCCGACCGCAGGACACUCCAACGCUCCCAUCACUGCACCCGCUGAAGUAGAGGUGGCAGAUGACACAAAGUGCUGUUGUUUUUUUAAGAGAAGAAAGAGGAAAGCUCUUCAGAGGCACAAGUGAAGCGCGCUCUUUGAAAAGAACUUGAAACAUUCUGGUCACUGUUAAGUUUGAAAUGCAAGCAAAUAUACACGGAUCUCUCUCUCGCUGUCUUUCUCUCUGUCUCUCUCUGUCCCCAUCACACUUUCUUUCAUAGAUGCUUCACCUCUUAAUGGAGUGCAAAGGAAUGACGUUGACUGUCCAACAGACUCUGGUUCCUUCAAAAAAAAAAAAAAAAAAGAGAGAGAGAAAGAGCAUAAUGAAGAUGCAUAAGACGAAGUGUAAAAAAAAAAAAGAAAUCUCACAUAAACACAAAAAGAUGAAAAGAUGAUGAUAUGAAAUGAAUUGAUAUAAGAUCACAGUGUGUGAAACUAUGCUGUUUGAAACAAUUGGUGUAUACUAGCUUUCAUGCAGAACAUUUAUUGUUCGUUGGUCAGGGGAUGUUACAUCAGUGAACAAAUGAUUUAAGUUUUCUUAGAAAUACAGUAGAUCUUAUUUGUGAUUUUAAAAAAUGUGAGGGCAGGAAUCUCCUCUGCACUGGGAACGACACCCACCAAAUUACAAAAUAACAGGACACAUUUCAUCUCAACCUGUCUCUUGAGUCCCUUUUCCCCCCCUGUAAUUUAAUUUUUUUAUUAUUGUUUUUUUAUUAUUAUUACUGAAAGGAAUCCUUGGGUUGUAAAGCAGUUUUAGUGUCCUGAAAAUGCUUUCUUUUUGUCCUUUUAAAAAUAUAUAUAAAUAUAAAUUCUUCUUUUUUUUUUUCUGUCAUUGUGGACUCUGUAGCACAGUUACUGGCCUCAGGUACUGUGGGGGAUCGAGAGAUAAAUGGAUAUUAUUCUCUUGUCAUUGUUGUUAUUGCACUUUUGGGAAAAAAAAGAAAAAGAAAGAAGACAACAAAGUGGGCUUGAAAUGAAACGACGAGACAACCGACAGACUAUAUAAACUGAUGUGGGAGAGCAUCCCGCACAGGGCUGAAAUCUGUUCAAGGACCGUUUAAAGAAAAGAAGACAAAUAUGUUCGUUUUAUUUCUCACAUCAAAAUUUAUUUACCAGGAAAUCAUAGUUUGUGCCUUUCCAAGUAAAAUGUUUAAAAUUUAA